UCUCUCGCUCUGUGUGUGUGUGUGUGUGUGUGUGUGCGGAGAGGGAUUACCAUUACGCGCGUAAUGCGGAGCACAGUCCCUGGUGAAGCAUUAGUCGGGAGCGGACAUUCGGCGACAUAAACAGUCCAGUCAUUACAGCUGAAGACUUGCAUCGCUGCAGCGCGUCACAUGGUUUCAUUUAACUGUGUGUUUUAUUCGAUUGGAUGACUGCGCCAACGUGAAAGUCAAAGAUGCGCACGGCUGAACAAAGGAUUUAGGGGGGGAAACGACAAAGAAACUCUCGCACAUUUCAAUCCUGACACCCGGGUGUCUUUAUAGUCUCUCCAGUGUGGACUUGCCGGAGCUCAGGGUUAAUGCCAACACCGCGUCUGAGGACCACGGGCACGGGCUGAAUAACCGGGCUCCUCCGGUUUGGAACCUGGAGCAGGAGGAAUCCGAUCGCGUCCAUGUGGAUGGAGAGUGAAAAGGCAAACGCGCCUCGCUCCGAAAUGUGACAUUAUUAUUCGAUCUACCAUUAACCCUCACAACUGUGCGACCGUCUUCGUUCUUGAUCGGAUUUGUUUACAUCGUUAAAGAAAUGGCGUUCCUCCCGAUUGUCCUGCUGCUGCUGACUGUUGCUCAUCACGCCAGGAGUCAAGAUGCCACUAAUGAGGUCACUCCAAGGGGCUGUGGCAUCGGCUUUAAGGAACCCUACAUCCUCCUCUGUGACAUGGACGCAAUGUGGGGUAUAGCUGUUGAAGCUCUGGCUGCUGCUGGGACAUUAGUUAGCAUCAUAAUAGUCCUAGUCCUGCUGGGCCGUUUAAGCCACAUCAGUGAGGCUGAGAAGCGCAGCGGCGUGGGACCAAUCCUCCUGCUGCUCCUCGGCGUACUUGGCUUAUUUGGCCUGAGCUUUGCUUACCUGAUCACACAAGAUCAGACAUUAUGUCUGGUCCGUAGAGCCCUGUGGGGCCUCUUCUUUGCUGUCUGUUUCUCAUGUUUGUUGGUGCAAGGUAUUCGUCUGCGAAGGCUUGGUCAGGAGCAUCGAAGCCCUGGAGGCUGCACCCUCACUGGCCUGGCACUGGGAUUGAGUGCUGUGCAGGGCAUCAUCGCAGCGGAGUGGCUACUUCUCACCGUGCUGCGGGAGGGACAAGAUGCCUGUCAGUACACACCUAUGGACUUCGCUCUUGCCUGCAGCUACGUGCUAACACUCCUAUUGGCUGCAAUGACUGCAGCCGCCAUAGCCCUGUGUGGGAAGACACAGCAGUGGCGGCGCAAUGCCGUUUGGCUGCUGGUGUCCUGCGGGCUGUCAGUGCUGCUGUGGGUGACCUGGGUGGGCUUCUAUCUGUAUGCAAAUGCCUGGCUAAACAAGGCCCCGGCCUGGAAUGACCCGACACUAGCCUUUGCUUUAGUAACUCAGGGCUGGUUGCUGAUAAUCUUUCAUGCCAUCCCUGAAUCCAAAAACUGCCUGAUACCCCCUCCGCAGCCAAGUGCACCCAAUUACUUUGACACCUCCCAGAAUUCAACACGAAGGAGGGGGACCAGCUUUGAUGAAGACAUCCCUCUCUCUCACAGACAGUUUGUGGAGAACCAGGGCUAUGGAUACAGCGACGAGAACACUGCAGGCUUGAGGAGCAGUGGUGGUGCCAGCCAACACAAUAGUAACACUGCUGCCAGACCCAGCGCACCUUUCCGCAGCAACGUCUACCAGCCCACUGAGAUGACCAUGAUCCUGAAUGGGGGAGCGGUGAGUACAUCCUCCCAGUCACAGGUGCCCUCCGCUCCGCCGACCUACACAGGGAGGCAGCUGUGGUGAGUGACAGGAACUGGGAAGAGAAUAUGUUGUAGAAAAUGAAAAAAAGAAGAAGAAGAAGAGGAUGAGCGGGUGUUGAGGGAGGAGUCUGGGAUGAAGGGACCACCUGGUUGGAUUGGACAUGGAUGGCAAUAGGGCACUAUCACUCUGUGUACAGACUUUAACACUGACCGUGUGCCAAUCAACGACUAUGAUGUAUGGGCGUGUGUGUGUAAGAAAACAGGGUAUGGAGGACAGAGCUAAAGCUCAUAGAGCACACACACAUCCCUCUCCCUCUCUUGGGUGUACAAACUUAAAGUGUGACCAGAAAAUUGCAAAAUAAAACACAUGCCAACUCAGAUCAGAGAAUAUCAACAUGCAGUAUUCUUUCUUUUUGCUUUUUUUUUUUUUUUUAUGUUUUUUGAAUUUACUUCCCUGAGACUGGAGCACUGUAAGCAUCCAUGAAAACUGUGAAAAAUAAAUCACUUGCUGCUGCUCCAUCUCUCUCCCUGACGGUCAGUAUGUCUUCUCUGCUAAGCCUCACGUUGCUGCUGCUCAAGUAGAAACAUUUUGCUCUGUCCUCCAUCCAUCCACAGCAUAGGUGAAGACAUAGCACAUGGGCAACUGUACAGCUUGAGCACUGCCUGCUUAAAAAAAAAAGAAAA